UUCCCCAUUCCGUGGCUGGAUUGAAAGGAGAAGGAUGAAGGAAGAGACCAGCAUUCCAUGGAGAGGGGAGGGUUUUGAGGAUCAGUGUACCUACAUUGUGAAGGACCAGCUGUACGAACCACACGCCAACCUUCCGCGAGCACAAGCCUCUUUGCCCCGGAACCUGGCCUUCCAGCGCAACAGCAACAAUGAGGUAAUAGCUGUGAUCAGCAGAGAGUAUAUCCCGCAAGGAACACGCUUUGGGCCGCUGGUUGGGAAGAUCUACACCAGAGAGAAUAUCCCUAAAAACAUGGAUCAGAAGCACUACUGGAGGGUUCUCUCUGCAAAAGGAGAGCUCUACCACAUCCUUGACGUGAGUGACCCCAACUGCAGUAACUGGAUGUGCUAUGUGAAUCCGGCUCCCACCCACCCAGCCCAGAACUUAAUGGCUUGUCAGUGCAACCUGGAGAUCUAUUUCUAUACCAUAACACCCAUCUUGGCUGGAGCUGAACUUUUGGUUUGGUACAUGCAUGGGGUACCUAGAGAAUUCCAAAGCUUGCUCUCAGGGGAGCUGGCAACUAAAUCAGAGUAUCUAAUCUCAAGGGAUUCCCUGGUGCAGCCCUUCCCUGAGAAAGUCAGUAGACCACCACAGAAUGCCUCCAAAGAUGACCAAAAAUGCACAGCUAUUUACACAAAGAUAGACAAGGACGAGGAAGAGAUAAUUGAUGUUGAAGAGCUAGAACAAGACAUGCCGCCAAGGAAGACAGCAGAAAACCAAAAAGUGGAUUCAAAGGCACAGACCCCUGGGAGCAUGCAAGAACAGGCCACAAAGCUUAACUUUCCCCAGAAUGCAUCCAAGGAAGAAGUUGCUUCUGAGAAGCCUGGUCUUCCAAGCCAAAGAGACAUGGGCCCAGAGAGACAACAUGGCCCCAGUUGCUACCCAUACAACGCAACUACCUCGCUCUGGAAGGAAAUUCCGCUCCAUCUCAGUAACCCGUCUUCCUCCUGCUCAGAGUGCCAGCCAAGGAGCAACCUACCCCAGGCUUAUCACUAUGCCUGCAACACCUCAGCUGCCCACCACCCCACAUCUCUACUGGCCCCUCAGACCUUCUCAUUUCCAUUUGAAUUGCCUCUAACAGGUCCUAGAGAAAUCACAUCCCUAAAGUUGUCUUCCCUGGGGAAAAGGCGACCUCCCUCUCCGGGGAUGUCUCAAGCUGUCUUCCCUCCCAUCUUGCCACAUGGAAAACAAGUGGACCAGAAACCACCAAAUUGUUUCUCUUCCCUCCACACCAGAAUCUUCUCAUUUCUAGACUCUGACCAAGGGCACCCUGCCAUUUCACGUGGCUCCGUAGUUCCACAGCUGAAAGCUCCCUCCCAGCUUGCCUGCCAGGAUGAGACCAUCAACCUCAGUACGCCAAAGACCAACCCACCAGAUUCCCAGGAAAGCAGCAAGUCUGCGACAUACCCUCUGGGGAAGAAGAAUGGCAAAAUCAAAUACGAGUGCCAUAUCUGCUCCAAGAGCUUUGGGCAGCUUUCUAAUCUCAAGGUACAUCUGGAGACAUCUAGUUGAGAACAAAUUCAUACCAAUUAUCCUCCCCAUCCAGAAUUGUCUAAUCGUCUCUCCACAUCCUACAUGAUAGCCUAGAUCUGUUUCCUGAAGGUCUGGGCAUGGUGACUAAAUAGCAUUUGCAAACAGCUGGCAAGUACCAGUUUGUACAGUUUGUACCCAGCUGCGCACCCGCCCUAGCCACUUGCUCCACCCAUGUGCAGUUGCAGUCUAGGUGUCUAUACCUGUGUUAACACUGGACUUUCCAUUGUGACACUGUGUUUGACUAUGGCUGCAGAAUUUUAUUUUGGGAUCAGAAUUAUGAGAUGGGGUUGCAGACAUAGUCCAGUAAUAUGCUAGGGGUGU